GGAGCCCCCAGCUCAGCCUGCCCCAACCUCUUCUUCAGUCUGGCCUGGGGGCAACGGGCCUGGUCUGAGAGCCCUCCCCCACCUUCCGGGGGCUGGCAUGCUAUUUUGGGGAGCCGGGUGGGGCUCCCAGGAGCGGGGAGGGCUCCCUCCUCCUCUGCACCCUAGGGCCAGUGGCUCAGAGCAGGUGGGAGGUGGGGCAGGAGAGGAGAGAGGAGCUGAGAUCCCGUGCUCCAGGCUGGCCGUGCACAACCCCCUCUCUGAGGGGACCAACUCCGCCCAGCAGCCUCCCCCGCUCUAAGCCACCGGUCCGGCUGCUCCCCUGGGUCCGGGCAGUGCUGUGGGCCACAGGCUCCUCCCCGGACCUGGGGACUCCUCUCCGACAGUCAGUCAUCCCGCGGACAAGCAUUUGUGAGAAACGAGGCCGCUGCAGGGUGGCUUUGCAGGGUCCCCGGUGGUAACACCUGGGCAGCAAUGCUGCAAGUCACCCUUAGGAUGUGGACACUGUGACGGCCGCCAGGCGGGUCCCCGGACCGAGGAGGGGGCUGAGCUGAGGAAGCCGGGUCCUCUUGGCCCACACUGACAUCUUUCUCUUUCGGAGGGAGGGAGAGGCCAUGUCUGACGCAGAAGAGGUGGAGGAGUACGAGGGGGAGCAGGAAGGUAAGCGCACGCCUGCACCCUCAUUCGGGCGGAUGGAGGCCGCCUGGUUUGAAACUGACCCGCCUCUUGUCCCCUUUCUUGCGGCCGUGACCUUGUCCGAGCAGAGGAAGCCGUGGAAGAGCAGGAAGAGGUCGCGGAAGAGGAGGCAGCGGAGGAGGCGGCAGCGGAGGAGAAGGCUGAGGGCGAGGCGGAGGGCGAGGCGGAGGCCGAGACCAACGCGGACGCAGACGACGACAGACAAGAGGAGGGAGUGAAAGAGGCUGAAGAUGGCCCCGUCGGGGAGUCCAAACCCAAGCCCAGGCCCUUCAUGCCCAACCUGGUGCCGCCCAAGAUCCCUGAUGGAGAGAGGGUGGACUUCGACGACAUCCACCGGAAGCGCAUCGAGAAGGACCUGAACGAGCUGCAGACGCUGAUCGAGGCUCACUUCGAGAACAGGAAGAAGGAGGAGGAGGAGCUCGUCUCGCUCAAAGACAGGAUCGAGAAGCGCAGGGCGGAGCGGGCGGAGCAGCAGCGCAUCCGGAGCGAGCGGGAGAAGGAGCGGCAGAACCGCCUGGCGGAGGAGCGAGCCCGGCGGGAGGAGGAGGAGAACCGCAGGCGCGCGGAGGACGAGGCCCGUAAGAAGAAGGCGCUUUCCAACAUGAUGCACUUCGGGGGCUACAUCCAGAAGACGGAGCGGAAAAGCGGGAAGAGGCAGACGGAGCGGGAAAAGAAGAAGAAGAUUCUGGCCGAGAGGAGGAAGGUGCUGGCCAUCGACCACCUGAAUGAAGAUCAGCUCAGGGAGAAGGCCAAGGAACUGUGGCAAUGCAUCUACAACCUGGAGGCUGAGAAGUUCGACCUGCAGGAGAAGUUCAAGCAGCAGAAAUACGAAAUCAACGUGCUCCGAAACAGAAUCAAUGACAACCAGAAAGUGUCCAAGACCCGGGGGAAGGCCAAGGUCACGGGGCGCUGGAAGUGAGGCCCAGACCCGCUCCUGGCCGUGUCCUGCCCGCCCUGCAGGCCCCCAGCUCCUGGGCCCUCCUGGCACGGGGCCGGGUCGGGAGCAGGUUCUGUCUGGACACCGGGAGGGCCCAGCUGGCCACCGCCACACACGGCUGCAACCCAGAUGCCCACACCACGCCAGGAAUAAAGCCACCGCCCGCCCACUGGCA